AGACACCCCGUGACAGUCAACCGCGGGAGAUUUAGUCCUCCUGUGUUAUUGUUGGACUACAGUAACCGCUUUAAUAACAGUUUAUUACGAGGAAAACAUCCAAUUAUCUUACUGUACGUUUAUUUCGCUGGUUCAGACAUCGUUGUAAAAUGGUAAGUAAAAAUCUACAUUUAGUUGCAGUCGAUUCGUUUCAAACGCUUUUACAUGUUAGCAGAAACAGAGUCGCUCGACACAAACGUGAUUUUUUUUUUCUCGCUACCAUUUUGUAGCAACAUCUAGAAACUAAACAGAGAGUUUCUUCAAGUUGUUUGCAUUAUUAACAGCUUUUCAUCGGACUGUUGUUUUACCUUUUGCCCCCGUAGUGCUGCUUCAACGUUUGCUAUGUAGAAAUAGUGAUAAGGAGUCGUUCACUAAUAAAGCACAGACAGAUGGUGCAACCCACCGAAAGAGAUAUAGACUCUUGUUUUAGUUUAAGGAGAGACACAGACCUUCAGGCGUGUUGAGACAGACAAAAUCUCGACAUAGUUGUUUAGUUGUGGUUAGUUAUUAUUAGCCUUUGGAAAACCAUUGAGCUCCCAGCUAAAUGUCUGUCAUGCUGAGGCGAGUGUUGGCCAGUGCUGCCUCUAGUGGCCGGAAGCUGCAUUACAACAACUGAGUAUGAGAAGAGAGUGAUGAUGAGUUUAUCUUCCACAGACAGCAGUGAAAGCCGUCAGUUUACGUUCACAUUCAAAGAUACUGCAGAUGGUUGAAAUGUACUGUUUAGUGUCACUUAUCUCAUAUGAGUUUUUGUACUUUGUUACUCUGAAUACUGUUUUAUUGUCAGCAACACUAAGCACUAUUUUUCUUCUAUGACUGAAUUAACCAUGCCAUCUUUAAUACUGAACCAUCUGUUACAGUCAAAGAAGAAAGGACUGAGUUUUGAGGAAAAGAGGACUCGCAUGAUGGAGAUUUUCUUUGACUCUGUGAGUUUUUCGACUAAAUGGUUUUCAUUACCAUGGGGUGGUAAAGAGGGGUGGGAGAAAAGUAUAUGAUACAGCACAGUAUCGCAAUAUUUUGUCUGGUGGUUUAUCAUAUCGUCUCAUUUACCAUGUAUUGAUUUUUCAAAUUAAUUGCUAAUAUGAAGUCAAAUCUAUGAUAAUGGAAAAAAUAAAAUCUACGGUUUGUCCUGUGAGGUUGGCAGAGGUGACAUCAUAGAGAAAGGAGAAAGUUAGUACAACAAAUAUAUAUAUAUAUAUAAGGUUUGCAAGAAGUGCUACAUGAAAAUAAAUUACAGCUUAAAUAAGACACACAUUGGAAAGACAAAUGCUAAAUUCGCGAAACUUUUUUUUUUUUAAAUUAUAUAAAUCGCAAUAUAUUGUAUCGCAAUACUCACUGUAUUACUAAAUGUUUUUAAAAAGCAAUAAUAUUGUAUCGUGUUCCAAGUAUCGUGAUAACAUCGUAUCAUGGGGCAACUGGUGAUUCCCACCCCUAGUAGUAAACAUACCUUUAGAAGGUUUAGCGGCAAGCUUUUACAUGUUUUAUUGUCUUUUACACAGCCUCAAAUCCUUUGUUGCCUACAGUGAUUAAAAUUGCAGUCUUUUUGUAGAUGUACACAGGAAUAAACUAGUAAGCUAUAACUUAUAUAUACAUUUAAAGACGACACUUGUGUUCUCCUUCUGAGAAGUUUUCUUUUCUAAUUUUGAACACUCGCGGUUAAGACGUAACAUCGCAGAAGUGAUGCAUCAUUUUGUGGUUUUCUCUGUCUUUGAUACAAAUACACAUCUGCACAGGAAAACACAUGAAUGCUUUUAAUAGCUGGUCUGGCCCCUGCACAAUUAGUUUAGACAGUGUUCAAAGUGAGAAUUUAAGAACUGUUCUGGGCCUUUUUGAAGAGUUUAUUACAAUCAAUCAGAACUUUUAAGGUGAUUUAGGAAGGAAGUUACACAUAUUUCUACAACCAAAUCAGAACGCAUGCAACCAAAAUCUUUGGAGCCUCGGUGUUUGAUAAAUACAUAUCUUGAAAAAAACACGGACUUGAUUCAUAAAAAAAGGUUCUCUUAAUUUCUUUGUAGAAAGACGUGUUUCAGCUGAAAGACAUUGAGAAGAUUGCACCUAAGACAAAAGGCAUUGGUGAGUAAUGAUCCCAAGUUUUUGUAGGUAAAUAUCUUUAACACUAAAAGAGCUAAAUAGUCUAUUCACCCAUGGGCACAGGAGCUGAUCAGGUUUGCAUCCUGCUCAAAAAAACACCCUAACUUGAUUCUAGGUCUUGGGAAGAACAUUCACAAUUUGACUUGAAGACAUUUUACGUUUGAUUAUUUUAAUAGACCAUAUUAUUUCAGUUUUCAUGUUUUGAUGCAUCACAUGAAACACAAGUUGGAUAGUCAAUGAAAAUGAAAAAAAGAUUGCAUUGCAUCAGAUUGACCCGCUCUAAGAAAAUAAAACCAUAUGUGUUGAUUCAGCAUCCAGCAGUGUUACAACUGCAGCUGUUCUUUUGCUCUGUGCUCCUCCCCCAUCCCCAGAUAUUUUACUGAUGCAGCAGGGAUGGAGUAACAGACUUACUCAAAGAGCCAUUAGCGUUGGAUAAUAUGGAGCUUUGCAUUAGACCAUCCUCACUUUGCAUAACACUCCUGAAUUUUUUACACAAUUUUUAAGCCAUGAUCCCUUCCAGGGAAUCUGGUGUCAAACUAGUAAAGAACUCCCCUGUUCUCGUCAUUUUGUGAUGUUUUACUCUGAUUUACACUCUUGAAACCUUCUUCUUUUUUCAUAUGAGACCAAAUGAGUACUUUUGCCUAUAAGUGUAAUCAGUUAGACAAAGAUAUAUAGAUAAUUAAAAGACACACAAGCACAGUGCUUAAUGUAUAUGAAGGAACUUUGAUACAGAAAUAGUUAGUAAAGAGUUUUUGUAGUGACCCUGUUUUUCCUAGUUGACAUCUCUCUUCCCUGAAACGUACUUUCUCCAAACUGGGAGUAGAGUUUAUGAUGUACAUCAGGAGACUUUGCUUUUGUCAAGUUUUUUGACACUAUGUAAUAUAUUCAAAUAGAUAUGCAUAUAUAUUCACAUUGAGUGGUAACAUUAAUUAACACGCUUAACUGUCAAGUCAGCAGGAUGACAUGUUUUGACGGAUGGAACUACUAAAGCAGUGGUUCUCAAGUCCAGUCCUCUAACACCCACUGUCUUGCAGGUUCUGGAUGUUUCCCUGCUCCAACACACCUGAUUCAAAUGAUCAGCUCGUUAUUAAGCCAUUACAGAGCUCUAUAACGAGCUGAUCAUUUGAAUCAGGUGUGUUGGAGCAGGGAAACAUCCAAAACAUGCAGGACAGUGGGCCCCGAGGACUGGACUUGAGAACCACUGUACUAAAGCAUGAGGAGAACAAGAUAAGCAAAGACCGAUUUGUCCACAGGGGGCGCCAGAUUUGACACAAACUGAUAGUGCCUCCUGGGAGCGUUAAAUCUACAUCCCAAGCAAACAAUAACGUUAAAUAAGAAAGUAUCUGCAGGUGUAUUUUUGGCAAAAUGAAUGUAAGACUCCUGUCCUAAUUAAAUAAAUUUGUUAAAACAUAAAGUCAUCAUCAGUAUACAUUGCUCACUCAUGCAUUCUUUAAAACAUUGUACUGACAUGGUUGCAAAAUUACCAUGGCAACUAGGACUAGCUAAGCUGCAGCAGCCAUCUCAACAGUAUUUAGUCUGCAUAAGCAAAACCAGACCUAUCUAUGGCAGCAAUCUCACAGCCAAGAAAGCUGCUGAAAGCUUUUGGUUUUCAAAUAAAACACAUUAUCUUAAUGCAAACACAGAGACUGAUGACACAAGUAUGGAGGGGGGGGUUUAUACAAACAUAAACUUUGAUUCUAGGUGCCAGGCCCUGCAGAGGAACAAAACUGUUGUGUGAACUAAGGAGGGAUUUCUCGGUUUUAAAGUUGACAUAACAUUAAUCUGGAGGAACUGGAUCGUGUUUCUCUGAUUAAAAGCACAUGUUUUAGACCCUCUUACCAGGCACUAUGUAGUUAUUGAGCGAUGGGGGAGGGGGUAACAAGAGUUCUGUGUUAUGGGCAAAUGUUUCUGUAAAGGGGCCAAGGGAGUGAUCUAAGUUGAACUGAAAAAAAAAGCAGAAGACGCAAUAACAUACUGGUGACUGUUAUAAGACAGAAUAGUUUGAAGCCAGAAAGCUUUUUUUAAGCGAUGUAGAGCUCAAAGAGACAGUUCAGAAGUGACACACUGGCAGAGUUUUAGCUCACCCAUCCAAAUUUUAUCAUUCACCAUCCUCGUUUUUAUUUCUGCUGCUGUUUAACAUCCUCUCAGGGCUCAGCACAGCUCAACAGAUGAGCAGGCUGAGCUAACGUGUGGGAGUAGUAUCGCGUUUCACCGCUGACACUGUUCAAAAUGGAGUUCCUGCUUUAUUACAUCCUCUCAUGCAACGCUCUCAAUGCUCCUUUAGAUAAGAAUACAACCGGGCAGAUAGGCUGCAGAUGUGUGGGUUUACUUUUGUGAACAUUUGAGCGGUAAGCCUUGCCAGCAGUAAAAAUGAGAGCCAAUGCUGACUUGUGGAUUCUAAAUUACUAUACCAGCUACCUAUCUAUCCCCAAUACAGCCAGAUACUUCUUAUAGUGUUGAAAGUGUUUUGACUGUGGAACAGUGAUACCUCCACUAUGAACCAGUCCUCUUCAAAUCAAAUCAAUGAUCCACAAAUAGCACCAUCUCUGCUGGGAAGGUCCUGUAAUGAUAGAAAGUGGAGGAUUGUGCACCUUCUUAUGAGGAAGGUGUGUGAGUGUGUGUUUUUCUCUUCUCUGUGCUGCUCGCAGCUCCCAUGACUGUGAAGGAAGUGCUGCAGAGCCUGGUGGAUGACAACAUGGUAGACUGUGAGAGAGUGGGGACGUCUAACUACUACUGGGCUUUUCCCAGCAAGGCCCUGAAUGCUCGCAAUAACAAACUGGAGGAGCUGCAAAAACAGGUAAACUUGAUCAGAUCUAGUCAGCAAAGUAACAUAAAUAGUUUUCAUCAUUUCUUCACUACAAAAAUUCAAAACAGUUGCUACAAAAGCGUGGGUGUGGCGAAGCCAACAUGAAACCACUUCCUAAAGAUAUAGAAAAUAAACCAAAACACAAAAUCUAAUGAAGAGUUAAAGUAUAAUCGUAGAGAAGCAGGAGUGAUGGCUGUAAAGUUUCAGUAAGUGGUCAUGAAGGUGUGAUACAUUGACUUGACAGUAAUGAGGGCAGAAAACCACCUCAGCCAGCGCUGACAUUAGUGCUGCAACGGAUCAUCAUUGAUCAAUAUCUUCAGUUCUGCAUACAUGAUACACAGAUUGAUUUAUGAAAAAAAAAAUUGUCUCACAUUCAGCACACACACUUGUUAAGAGCAGCGUGGUCAUGGCGAGCGGAGGAAUGGAGGAGCUUGAACGCCCCCUGUCGUUUAGAUCACCUGUAUGGGAGCAUUUUGGCUUCCCUGUCAAAUAUAAGGAUGAAGGAAAGAGGUUAGUGGAUGAAACCAUGACGGUGUGUCGGCACUGUGGCACAAGAAAGCCAAAUGACAGUGGAAACACAUCAAGCAUGGCCACGCAUUUGAAGCAACAUCGCCCCGCUGUUUCACUGACAGGAGUGAAAACAAAGGCUGCUCAACAACCGCUCAUCACCGCGGCUUUUAAGCAGCCCCUUGCUGCACAAUCUGACUGAAGUAAAGCCAUCACAAAGGCUAUCAGUGUGUUUAUAGCUGCAGACAUGAGGCCAUAUUUGGAUGUGCAAAACGAGGGCUUUAAACACAUCCUGAAAGAGCUUUAGCCACGUUACGACAUCCCAUCGCGCACUUACUUCUCAUUAAUUAUGUUAAAAAGAAUUAAUUAUGCCUUGUGCACUUCAAGUUGAUUUUAUAUAUUUUAAUUUAGCAAAUAUUAAUAAAUGAAAGACAAACUUAUGUUUAUUUGUCUUGUCUCAAUUAUUAUUAUUAUUAUUAUUAUUUUUUUUUUUUGCUGAUCCGAAAAAUGAUCCAAACCGUGACUCUGAACCGAGAAACAUUUAGAGCCGUGAGUUUUUUGAUCUGUUGCACCACUAGCUGACAUAUUGAGCUUGUUACAUAUUUUGGACCACUAAAGUGAUCUGGCUUGACGAUCUGAAAAAGUUCAGCUAUUCUUUUGUCAGUGUUUUUAACGCUUUUCACUGUUUCUUCUUUUCUUUUGAUAAAGGAGGUGAAUAGACGACACACUGUGUGGCUGUUUUGCUCUUUUAUUCCUACAAGAAAAUGUCACCACAGGUUGUCAUUUGUUAGAAAAUGUUGCCCACUCUGAUUUCCAGUAGAGAGAAAGUCAGCAAAUAAAAAGAACAGACCCGAGAACAUUGCUGAUUUUUAAAAAAGGAAAAAAAGAUGAAGAAAGUAUGAGGAUGCUUCAAAAUAUGUUAGACUUCUACCUGGUCAUGUUUCCUCUUCUUUAUAGAAUUUUGUACUUCAGAUCAGUUUCCAACCAAGAAAAAAAAACAAAGCUGUUAACCCAAACUGUGAAUAAACUCAUGUUUGGGAAGACACUUUCUGUCACAGAGAGUAAAACUGUUGCUCUUUUUAUGAAUUUCUCUACGUCUGUUGCGUCCCACUUUUCACUCUUGCUGCGCGGCAGACAGAUGGUGUGAGGGUGGUGACUCCUCAGAGAAUGUCGGCCACCAGAUUUCUGGGAUAGAAGUGCAAUUCUGCAGAGCAGCAAUCUGUCACAAAGUUAUGAUGUUUUCAUGUACCAGAUGGGAUGCACUGCUACUUUGUUUUUUAGUGCUGAUUAAGAUUACUAGGAUUCUCUUAAACUGCUGCUCUGAUACUGCUGUUAGAUUCAUUAACUGUGUGCUUCACUGCGUUAAAAAGAUAAUUCUUACUCCUUUCUUAAGCUUUUAAACGAUGCAUUGGUAAUGUUACAAAUUUGCAGUUAUUCCAUGUUGCUAUCAAGUAUCUGAGCAAAGCAAAUGCUAAAAAAAAUUCAAGAAAAGCUGGGGUCCAUGUUGGUGAGAUAAACAUUGUUUUAUAAAAGCCGGAUUGGCAGCAUGGUUUUCAUAACUAACCUGCUGUGUUAAUCAGUACAGGUUUCAGUUAUUUGUCUGGUGAAGAAGUUGGAAUAAGUUUGGAUGUAGUUUCAAACUACAACACAACUUCCUAUAAAGCAGGAUUUAACUGCACACUGUAAGUCGUGAUUAAUGUCUGUAAAUGAUUAGCCUCUUAUCCAAUGUUAAGUACUCAUGUUAAUAUUUAAGAGCUAUUUACAUUGCAGUUAAAAGCCACUCAUUCUGGCUUUUCUCCAGCUUGUGGUGUUAUAUCAAAGCUACAGGGACAUUUCUAUUUGGAUAUUUUUCUGCCUAAUUUUCAGGCUCUUCUACUUUAUAGCGCUCUGAGGCAAAGCAGCGGAAAGCGACUCUGGAGAAAGCAGUGGAAAAGGCCAAACUGGGGCGUGAAGAUACAGUAAGAAUAUUUUUAUUUUAGCCGUUUUUUAUAUAAGGUUCACUUUGUAAAUGAUUUGAAUAAUCUUUAAGACUGAAUCUCACCCCAAGCUUUGUGUGCGUUUGUGCAGGCGGACAGGAGCUCUCUGCUGAAGGAGCUGGAGGCUCUGAGAGAGGAGAAAACUCAGCUGGUAGCAGAGUUGGAGAAAUACAGAGAGUGUGACCCAGAAGUGGUUGAGGAAAUUAGUAAGUGCAGAGGCAACUUCUUUGAAAGCCUUAUUGUAGUGUUUUGGGCUCACAGAGGAGAGAAAUUCAGCCCCUCUAAACAUGAUACAAGUUUUGAUAGAAAGUCUGUUAGACUUUGAGUGUCCACAUGUUAAGACUGUGUUUAGCUAACGGUGCUUGAGCUCAGUGUGGUCACUCCAACCACUGGUAUUUUGUUGAGUUGUAUUUCCAGAGUUCUGUAACAACGGGAAUUUUUGUAUUUGUUUUUAAGAGUGCUCUGUAUUUUCCUCAGCCAGCCUAGUAGUUCGCACCUCUCAAUGAAAAUCCAGUGCGAAGGUUUUUAACAUGGAUUUGGAUUAUUGCAGUAAAUAAGCCCUUUGCUAAAGGUCAUGUAAUUUAUACAUUUUGUUUAGCAGGAUUAUCUUCAUAAAUGAGCUGUGAGGGGAAAUCUCAUAAGCUCAUGCUAAACGCAGACUCUAUUUUCAGCAUCUAUUCUGUAUUCCGUACUGUAAUGUAAGUGCAAAAGUACAAACACCGUUGUCAGUUUUGGGACUUAUUCCUAGCAGUAUAGCUAACAUGUUGUGCAAAAAUAUGACUAACACAAGCAUAAAAGGCGCAAGUAAAAUAUAAAAACAACAGAGAGGGAAAAAAGGGGUAGAAAAAAGUCAAAAUUUGACCAAAUAAUAAAGUUAGCAAUGCUUUUCCUCAUAGAGUACAGUGAGCAACCAAACAAUGUUGUCCAUCCAAUUGAAGGUGACAACCACUUUUAUAAAAAUAAAUACAGCUGUGAAAUUUAUUAGCACUUUAUUGUGAAACGCCACAACACUAAUAAGUCUCAUACACACAUUUUAUUUAAUAUUCCUGAUAUGACAACAGACUAUUUAAUAGAAUAUAUUAAUAUGCGAUUUGUCUGAUACAGGCGUCUGUUUAUAAAUGUGCUGCUGGUGAAUAUUGUCAAAUUUGUACCAGCUAUGUAAAGACAGGAAAGCUGUAUCUGUGAUGUUAGGGGGUGGGGCAGUGGGGAGAUAACGACAGAAAGUAAAGUGGCCAAAUUAAAGUUGUCUGUCUACUCAUGAUAAAAUAUCUUGGAGAAUGAGGCAGAAUGAAGGGAUAACUACUCAAAAUAACACAAUAGUGUAAAGAUAUAAAUAACAUAUAGCAUCAAUAAUAUUAGUGAUGCACAUGUUCCUACUUAGGGUGAAUAUUAAUUUGCACAUCUGUUAAUUUAAAAAAUCUGCACCAUGAAUCUGAGCCAUACAUUAAAGGGAUAGUUCAGUAGUUUUAAAGUGAGUUUGUUUGUCAUACUUGUAAAACAGUAAGCCAAUAAGCCACAGGGGAUCAUGAGCAAAGUGGUGCUCCAAAGUUAAACUAGUUUCAACUGAGACUGCAGCGACAAAAAUCAGCUAACACUUCCUGUGUUUUUGCGCCGAGGAUGCUGAAUGUCUGAAAAACACACGUCUGCGUUUAGAUUGAACAGAAAAAAAGGUGAUAUGAAGAGAGAAGAAAACAGUCUGAGUUGACUCAGCCCCUUACUCUGCUGGUGGUUUUAAGUGAAAGUGUUUUGAAAUUGGCGAAAUCAUGUGGUGCAGCUGACCCCGUCUGGAGCAGUCAAUAGCCCAGACUUCAUCUUGGCUCUCCUGGGUUCUCAACAAAGAGGCUAAACUGGCUGGGACCCCCUUUAGGGUCAAUACUUUGGGGUCCUGUGGCUGGAGAUUUUUUCAGUGUUUUUUCCUCCAAAAUUAUUUGACUCACCAAAGAACAAGCAGCAGCAGUUCAGCAUCUGGUGGCUCAUUAGAUAGAAAAAAGGGGAGCAUCAGGCCCAUAGGAGCCACAAAAGGAACCAUUUGGGGAGCUUUCCAAACUGCCUUGAAGAAGUGAUCAUUUACUCGAUAAUUCCUAUUCCACAAAUCCUGGGAUAUAUACAUAUAUAUGUUGUAGGAUAUUUUAGGGGGAUAAUAUACCAAGAUCUUAGUUUAGUUGGCAAACAUUGACAGUUUUAGUCUCAGCUGCCCAGUUCAUAAAUCAUUCAGCAAAGAGACAAGGACAUUAAUGAAAAAUAUCCCAGGAAAAUAAAACCUCAAAUAACCAAUGAUGCAAGAACUUGGCCAGCUCUCAAAAUCACCUACUCAUGUUACUGAAAACAAAACAAAGGCAUUGACGAUGCCUCCCUUACAUAUUUCACACAGCAGCUAUCUUCGGUGUCCAGAUGGCUUUAUUGGAGCUAUGAGCAUAAUCAAAUGAGUCGAAGAGGUGCAGGGAAGAAUAACUGUAAAUUAAAUUGUGAGCAGAAACUCAUGACUGCGCUCUAUUCAAUUUUAUUCAACCUUUACUUAACCCGUUUUGUUCCUCUGAGCUAAAAAGAUAUCCUCAUGUUUGUAAGAGAGGGAUGUCUGGAUGGCUUUUUUUAAACUCUUUAGUUGAUUAUUUUUAAGAUAUUCAAACUAGCAAUGUGGUCUCUUGUCUUUGCUUUACACAGAAAUAGUUUUGGCUCUUUCUUGGUUUCUUCUACAACUUGUUCUUUGUCUCCAUCCGGGGAAGACACAGUUUUUGUGUAGUUUGAAUUUGCAGUCAGAACUGAAAACACGCUUGCAUCAGUAAAAGUAACGCUUCAACUCUCAGGCAUAAGAUCCUCAACGUUUGGAUACUUGAACAAGCUCUCACUUCUCAUCACUACCUUUUCUCAGAUUACACUUCUCAGAACAAACUUUUAAUUUCUCUUUUCCGCCGCAGAGUCAGCUUCUCAGAGUUUAAAUCAAACAUGAUAAGGGAAGUGAAACCUGAUUACCAGCAGUCACUCUCUAUGCACUUGAGAUGCACUUUUAUGGCUAUUUUAAAUGUCAGCCUGAAACGCCCUCUGCAUUUUGAAAGGAGGUGUCAAGUCUGAACAGUUGAACUUCCUGUUUAAACAGAGGCCUCUCUCUUCCUCCCCUCUUUUGUCUUACAACUGUAUAUUUUCAGUUUCAUCUUUCAUUACUGCUCAGUUCCUUGUAACCUCUGACCUCAGUUCAAACCAUUUUGGAGUUUUCAGCGUCUGAAACACGAAUUCAAGGCCACUGGCCAUAACUUGUGAGUGGCUGCCACAAUGAGCACAGCUAAUGGUGGUAUGAGAAAACUCCUGCUCUGGCCCGUGUUCCUGUCACAGCUGACCUGUGGUGAAGGGGUGUGUUUCUGCAUGUGCACAUGUGACAUGUGCAGUGUCAUAAAAAUGUCUGUGGUGUUCACCUGCACCUCCCUAUGUUGCACCAAGCAUGCAUAAAUUAAUCCACUCUGUUAUGUUUUUUUCCAAGACAACAGGACAGCAUUGUCUCUUCUGCUGAUAAUUACAGGGACAUGCAGACAAAAAAAAUCUGACUCAUCUUUUCAGAAUCUGAUUGAGACUUUUAUGAUCCUUAAAGUAGUUGGAAUUGAGUGAACCUCUGAGUUCAGGUUGAUCAAUUAAGUAAAGAUUACUUUGGACGAUGCAUCGAAAUUAUAAUAAAAUCAAGAAAAAUGCAGAUAAGAGGUGCACAGCUGAAAAAGUCAGAGUUUAGGAGCAAUUAUAACAUUUUAUAAAUAGAAGGAUUAUUAUAUGUUUGCAAAAAUGAUCACAGGAGCAGUGGGCAGUUUAAAAAUUGGAACCUUUCAGGUUUAGACUUGGGGAUCAAGUCCAAAUUGAGAGCUGAGGCUUUAGUCUACCACCAGGGAGAUUGAUUCAGGUGAAUGCUGCAUCACAAUCACAAAAUUGUACAACUUAUUUUUUAAGAAAAGUGCAUAUUUUGUAUAAUAUUCAGCAGUGUAUAUCUAUGUUAACUAUUUAUUCUUAACGGUUUCUGUUAGUUUUCUUAUUUGAUUAUUUACAGAUGAAAUCUAGACGACCAGAGUUAGGCUAACCUACAACACCAAUUCCAUUUAAAUAUCGGGUUGUGCAAAAAUGUUUAACAGAAUUUAAUAGUCUGCACCCUUUAUUUAAUUGAAAAUAAGCUGGAAAGCCUUUCUGUCUGUCUACAAAAAAUGUAUGUUUAUUUCAAAGUAGAAGCCGGCAGCAUGUUUCAAAUAAGUUUGGGGGUGGGGGAUGGGGGUCUUCACUUUUGUAUUACAUCACUUCUUCUUAAGCCCCCACAGACUUUUUGGAACUGAGGAGACCGGUUUCUGGAGUUGUUGAAUUGACAUGUGGUCCCGUUCUUGCCUGAGGAUUUCAGCUGCUCGACAGUUUAGGGUGUCCUUGGUCAUAUUUUUAAUGCCAUGAUACACUUAAUGUCUUCAGCAGGUGACGAGUCUGCACCCAGACUCUGAUACUACAGAACCAUGAUGUCAUUUUGUAAUACAGGCGGAAUGAGGUUUAUAUACGUAAUAAGACAUGUAAGGUCUUAAAAGGCACUGGCUGGGUAGAGGCAAUCUUGACAUAUUGUUUAGUUUUAACGCUGCCUUCCCAGAUGUGUUUACUACUCAUGUCAGGGUUAAUUCUGCAUUUUUGUGUCAUUCCUGAUGUUAGUUUAUAAACCUCUUCCCAUCUUUACUUCUGAUAGACUCAGCCCCUCAGGAAGACUUCUUUUAUACCUAAUCAUGUUACUCACGUUUUCUUCUGGUGUUUUCGAGGCAUUAAAACUUCUAGUGUUUUAUUGCCCUGUUUUGGCUGUUUCCAAACAUGUUUCUGGCUUCAAAUUCAUAUAAAAAGCAAGUGCUGUUUACCAUAUCACAAUCAUAUCUGAUAAUAUUUUUCAGUCAAAACAUUUGAUAUGUUGUCCUUGCAAUAUUUUCAACCAAAUCUGAGAUCUAAAUGAUUUGCAGACCAUCAAACUAUGUUUUAUCAACAUUUUUCAAAGCAUCCUAAAUAGCUGAAAUGGAGUUGUAGUUGCAAGCAAGUUGUAACUUGCUGCCGAAACAAGCUAACAUCUAAAAUAUGGGUGUAUUUUUUGCUGGAUAAUUUGGGGGUCCAAAACAAGUUACUGGGCCUUAUAUUGUCAAACCCUCUGUAAAAGCUCUGUCCGUGGUGCCUGUAAUACAUGAGUCAAUAGCCAAGCUUAAUCACUGCAACAUCUGUUUGAAUCACAUGCCAAACUUCUGACCUUUUUUUUUGUUUUUGAAACUAUCAAAAGAGUCACACUUUUUUUUACAUAAUACUCUAGAAGAUAAUGACAUCUAAAAAUGCUUAACUUUGGGUUAUAAAAUGUCACACUUUAAUGUGAAGCCUUACUGGUCAUAGGACUUUGUACUGAACAAAUAUAUUAGAUGUUUAUCACAAGUUAAAUGAGCAACCCCAGACAUUCCUAAUCUUUCAACUGGCAUCUACAUAUGUCUGUAGAGCUGCUGUCUGGCUUGAUGUAAAGUUUUCUGUUUCCGCUCUCUGUGGAUAUAAAUGUUUUUACUGGAAAUUGAGGCUAUGGCAAAGUUUCUGACUCUUACCGUGAAUUAUCUUACUUUGACUUUAAUGUGUAUGAAACAGGGAAAGUUAUAUAAUGUGAUAAAGAUCGGAAUUACAUAUUAUGCAACCCGUAUUCAGUGGAUAAACCCAAGAUUUAUUGAGACGAAGAGGAAAAGGUCUCUUACAUUCAAACUCUUGUGCUUUGUUUUCAAAAAUUUCUGUCUCCACUUGCCUUCAGGCCUUUUGUUCGUCCCUUAUUUUUACACUACACACACACACACACACACACAUGCGCGUGCAUGCACACAGCUCUGUUCGAGAUAAGUAUCUCUCUUCAGUGAAACUUGAAUAGUGCUCUGAGAGCUUCAUGCAGCUUUGCGCUGACUCGAUGAUAAUAUGUUAUGUCUACUGCUGAGGGGGUUAGAUUGAACCUGUAGAAUGGGCUCAGGCCUGUUAGUGCACAUGGGGCCCUUACAGGUGUGCUUCACAGAGCACCCUUAGAGCCGGUAUCUGUGAAGACCAAUGGUGAAAUGUGAUUUUGUAGAGCAAUAUGCUCCAAAUAUAUUUAUUAAUUAGUAAAUUUUAAAAUUUCCAACCAGGGUUAAGACCAAAAUAUUGAAACAGAGCGACAGGGGUUCAAGUGAUUAAAACCCACCAACUCAUUCUCAACCUAGUUUGAUGUUUACAGUUAAUGCUGUAAUGGGUGAUAUCAUCUUGUAUGUUUUAUGCUCCAAAAAAUGUGACUUUGGGGUACAUUAUAAAAAAGACUUAAAAUGACUGGGUUAUUUAACAUGAAUUAACACAACCAAGACUCACUAUUGGGAUGAUGUUACCCCAUACCAUAAACUUGAACAUGAACAUGAACAGAGAUGAAGUCCCAGUGAUGUCAGAUCACUAAAGAGGGCAACUGCAACACUGGAAAUGGACUUCAUCUAGAUACUACCCUUCAUAUCAUUUGUAACUCUUAUAAAACUUAUUGUAACUCUUGUAAAACUGUUGAAGGCAGGUUCAGUCUAUAGUCAAGCUGCCAGGCAAACAGCUACCACAUACCUGCAUGUCAGUCAGCUCAGCACCCUCUAACCCUAACCCCCCUUAUUUUUAAUUAUACACAAGCCUUAACCUCAGUAUAAUCAAAACAGAAAACUUGAACAGAUAUUCAUCUCCCAUAUAUGAGCAGAGAUAUAGAACUCAAGUUAAGAGGCUGAACAGGUUUUGUGACACGCAUUAAACGUGUUAAAUUCUAACAGAGUUUUCUUGACUUUCAGGACCCCAACAUUGGUUGGCUCUUGAUAACAAUGGGAUGUUUUGUCAGUGUUGGGGUAUAAAUUUUACUCAAUCAACCAAUCAAUCAAUCAAUUUUAACUUAUAUAGCACCACUUAAAAACAAAUGUUAUAUGAAGAUGCUUAAAAGAGCUGGUCUGGACCAUACUCAUCAUGAUAUUUACAGGAAGACCUAGAAAGAAAAAUCCAAAUGGUGUCAGCUGCAGCAAGCUUCCAACAAAUAAUGAACAGAGUAUUAAGUCAACCUCAAAUCGGCUUUCUAUCUGUGUUUGAUUUAUUUUAUUUACCAAUUAUUAUGUGGCGUAUUUCUUUGGGAUGUUUAUGCCAUUGUACAUGUUUGUACAAUGGUUGCUACACCCAUGGGAACCUGUACACUGUUUUGGCAAUGGGUGGAGGUAAAAACCACCAAAGCUUUGGUGAUUCCAAAAUUUCAACAGCAGUAAACCCUUAAAUAAGUCCAUAAUUGUUCCAGUCGUACCUGCCAAACAGUCUUUGGUGCUGCCCAGCAAGAGGACAGACAGCAUUUUGAUGACAUUACCACUCCCACCAAACAUGGGAUGGGUAAUGAAAUCACAGCUGCAAUCGUGUGCAAGACAGGAAUGAGACUGAGUAAGGAGGCAAAGUUAAAAAAGAAGUUUAUGGAUUCAAAAAGGUUAUUUAAAAUGAUAUGUGAGGAAGCCAUACUUUUUAAAGUCAAAAUAUUCCUUAUCCUUUUUUUGGUACACAUUUUUCAUGUUUGGCUCCUGGUUAAGCUUUAAGUUUUUUUUUGUCACAUAUGUUACUUUUACAUGAUAAAUAAUUUUACGCAAUCAUUGCUGUGCCCUUGUAACUGUUAGAAAAGGAGAACAAUUAUAAUACUAGUCAUAGCUAACUCACACUCAUUUUCAGUCAUCGCAUGCAAACAAAAAGUCAAAGCUCACUUUGAUUCGACAGCUGCUGAGAGUAAUUGGUUAGGGUCGAGGCAUUUGCUCAUGUGUUCUUUACGUCAAUGUCUACUUGGCAUCAAAAUUCUCAAGCAUAAUGUCAGAUCGUAACAUGUCCAGGUCUAUGAGUCAGAAGUUACUGAGUUCAUUCCCUCCCACCUACAGCAGCUCUUUAUUCUGAAAUCCAUGUGUUUACACUGUUUCAUCAUCAGUUCAUGCUGAACUGACCUUGAGGCUCAAGCAGCGUUUGGUACCAAUUGGGACAAGAUAUUUUGUCUUCAGACGGGAUCUUUGUUCUGAUUUCUGCCAAAAGCUGUUUUAAAUUGAGCCCAGCUUUAAAUAGCUUUUAUUGGUUGGAUUUGAGGAUGCAGCAGCCCACUCUGUUAAGCACAGCAGUCUUUUGAUGGAACAAAAGGUUUUAGCUAUAAAUCAGUCUUCUCAGGUGCCUGGCAGCUGAAUGAUGUUACCUGCUGUUGUUGUGGGGUUUAAUUGUAGAGUAUGUGAGGCCAAAUGUGUCUUUUAAAACAUAAUAAGAGGACUUUUAAAGCUUUUCACUGAACAGACUUCAACAGGAGAGGAGGUGCUCGCUAAAGUGUCCACUCUAAUUUUAUACUGGCCACUUACAGAGUAACUUAAGUUAUUCAACCAUCAAAUAGCUGCAAUUUUUUCCACUAAGUGUCUUGUUUGCACCAGACCUUCACUUACAUUCACUUCCCAGUGUGCCUCUUUUACAGAGCUCAUUAAAAAGAUCUGAUGCACCAAAUUUAAAUUUUACAUUAAGCAUUUUUUUUAGUUGGCCUGUUUCAUAAACAAAUUAAAAACAGUGUCUGACAUGUAAAAACAGGUCACAAAAACAUGAACAUACUGUAUGAUUGUAUUUAACAAGCAUUUGUUAUCUUCAUGGUAUGAAGAAGCCCAAAAAAUCAGAAGCCGAUAAAAUCAGUCCAUUUGAAGGUGGGCUACUUGGCUCCACUGAGGAUGUGUCUUUCCCUCUAGGUCGGUUUUCUCUCUCCACUGCCUCACCUAAAGUUCCCCCAAUUAUAAUAACUGAUCAGCUAGAUGUCACACAACUGUUAGAUACUUGACUGUAAGCAUAAUUGAUUUACUGUUAACUCCUGUAUGUAAUGUUGAACGUUUGCUUUGAUAAAAAAUAUAGUUUGGAGUUUUAAAUAUUUCAAACUACAUUUUUCCUGGCAAUUCAUAUUGAUACCAAAUAUCAGUUAUUAAUUACAUAAAGUUCUAAUAUUUGGUAUGAGUGUCUACCCUGAAAAAUUAACUAAAAUCUAUUGACCCCUAUUCUGUAGCCAGUUAAAAACUCCUUGUCUUUCAAAAGCAGUCAGCUGAUGCUCAGGAUUAAGCAAUGUUGCUUAACAAACCUUUGCCUGAUGAAAUAAGAGAAACCGUAACAUUGUGUUGAUUUCAUGCUGUAAAGGUUCCCUUUAAGUGGUACAAUAAUGUGAGUGAUAGACAAUACAUACAUGAUGAUGAAUGUACAUAAUCAUCCUGACUUUGUCUUGCAGGGAAGUCGAAUGUUGUAGCAAAAGAGGCCGUUUCCAGGUGGACAGGUGAGUCUCAUGUUUAUUUUCAUAUCUUCAUGUAUAACUGUUGUGAAAUCAAGUGACAAACAUAGAUGUAUUUAUCAGGAUGUUCAUCAACAACAACAAAAAGCUCAGCCGUAACGAUUCUCAUGAUCGUAAAGCCGUUUUUCAAGAAAAGUGAUUGACGUUUGACGGUUCCUGCUUUUUUUCUUAUGGGAGAAUUUCCUGGUUUUGGUUGGCAGUAAAGUUGACGUUUAGAGAAAAUGCUUCAACAACACUUAAGCAGAAGAGAAAUUGUUAGACUUUUUAUGUUUCAUACCAAACAAGUAAUUAGAUCGAGUUUAUCAGAUUAAAUAGGCCAUAUUAAAAAUAUUUAUUGGCAGGACUUCUGCUUUCAAUGACAGAUGAUAUAAAGUGCUCCCUAGAUGAACUGCUCCCUAGAUGAGUUUAUUGAUUGUAAAAAGACAAUACAUGGCAGUGUUUCUGCGAUCCUAUUUAAUUUAAUUAGCAGUCCAGUAUGCGAAUACUGUCAUUUCACAGUUUAAUACAACAGAAACCAAUUAUCUCCACAUGUUUGAGAGGCUAGAAGAAAUGAACACUCAGUUUUAUCUUCUGUAAAAAAAGAUGCUUAUUAACAGGUUUUCAGAAUAGUUUAAGGUGUUUUUCAUUGUUGAGUGUAUUGAUGAAAUUUUGCAUCAAUCAAGAUUUGACUCUGUAGUAAUUGCAGAAAAUUGCCUCUUAACUUAAGAACCACUGUGGAAGGGCUUUUUCUGUUGAUUUCUCUUUUAAAGUGCAAACUGCAGGGGCACUUUGUGUUCAGCAUGUCACCUCCCAGGAGUCAACACUUGAAGCUCCCUGUGUGCAUUCAUUGACCUAAGCGGUAACCUUGGAGACAGCUGACCUUUUGCGAUCAUGGUAACCAGCCAGGCCUGUGGUCUUUUGACUCUUUAGGGUCAACAUUGCCUGUUGCUGGUCAACAAAGUCGCCCUGUCAGCUUUAGUUGCCACGUUCCUGCUUCACUUCCAUAUAAUUAUGUUCAUUUUGAGAGACUGUGAGUCAUAUCUGCCUCUUCUGUGAGUUUUACUUCCAUCACGCAGGAUGGACUCUAUGGAACAAGUAAAGCACAUACAGUAGAGUCUGUAGCAAAAGCAGAGAAGCACUGUUUUAUUUUAAAGCCAUCCAAGAACAGCUGUUGGCUCAGAAUUAGAGUGCAAUGUUUCUUUUUUCUACUGCGAUCAAACUUGGAAACGAUGUCUACACAAGCUGUAUGAAUUCUGUAGCUUCAGUGUGUUCUUCUCCCUUUCACACAUAUAUACAUCUGUAUAAUGCAAAAUUAACAGUAAAAGUAAAAGGCAGUUGAAGUUGUUUGUGAUUGUCUGUGUCAUGACUGUCUCUUUGCAUGUGGAUUGUUGAUUGCUGCCUAUUUUAAUCAUUAAUUUCCUAAUUCUUUUGUGGAGGCAGCAAAAUGUGCAGUGUGCAUGAGCCCAAAACAGGUUUCCUCACAAGAAGAUCUACAAUAUCUGCUGUAAUAACAUAACUGUCAACUGUGUGAAUUAAGCUACAAGUUAAAUAGAAAUUGACAAGAGGGAAUUGUACAAGCAACCCUUACAAAGGGUAUCAAUAUUAUCAGAGAAUUUUCAGAGAUUACAGUAAAGCUCAUAACAACGCUAAAUCAGCCAGAAAUGUGAAAUAAAACAUCACUACACGAGUUUUACAAAAAUUCAACUCAAAAAUAAGUAAAUGACGAAAACGCUAACAUGGCUAAGUCUCAAUCAGAAAGAGCUCCAUCUGAUGCACUAAGCAUGAUUUUUGCAUACAGAAUUUCUCCACUCAAGCAGUCUCAUUACUAAAUUGGAGCUUUGUAAUAUUGUGCUGCACCCAAAGUUGAGACCAAUUCACUUACCCUGAUUGCAAAGUUAUUUUUAGAUGUGUGAGAUUUUCACUCGCAGGAAAUGUUUUGUUUUCAAAGACUAUGGGAUUCUGCAGCCAAAAUCACUGUUGACUUUUGCCAAAACAGCAUUGAGAAAGUGGCUCAGAGCAAUAAGACAGAUGGUUUGUUCUUGGACUCAUCCAUCGCUCUUGCGUCCAACUUUAUUUUUCAAAUCCGAGACUGUAUUUGCCACAGACAGCACCACAUAGCAGUGGAGUAUGUUUUGAUACAUUAAAGAUUUCUAUUUGCAGAUAAUGUUUUCGCCAUCAAGUCAUGGACAAAGAAGAAGUUUACCUUUGAUGACAGCAGCAUUAACAAAGCCUUUGGGAUCCCUGAGGACUUUGACUACUUGGACUGACUACCAGUGUUUCCACCAAAAGUUUUGGAAAUUUAAUUUUUAAGCUUCAGUUUGAAGCCAGUUUCCAGAUCGCUGCUGUUCCAGUUUCAGUUCUGUAUGUUAAAAUGAAAAAAAAAAAGAUUUGGUGGUUUUGGAUGAGGCUGGAUAUCAGUAUUAAUGCUGUGGCAGAUAGACUUUAUCUGCAGAUCUGGUGCAACCAGAGAAGAGAACCAUUAGAGGCCCAGUGGGGUGAAGGGGUUCUGCGACGAACACAACCUACCAGCCUGACUCUUUGGACACCUGUUUGCAUGAAAACUGAGAACCCCAAGUUGAUGAUAGAAGGGAACCACCACUUAACACAUCUGUGUAGCCAAAGACGUAGUUCAUACUGUUUAAACAGAUGGUUUGGAGUGAAAUGCUUGGACUUUAUUUUCCCUACAUUUCCUGUUUUUUAUCUUUUGUUCAUUUAUUGGGCAACCAGUCCUCCAGUGCCCUAGGAUUUAUAAUAAAAAAAUACAAGAGAGGCCAUGUUUACAACUGUUGUGUUUCCAAGUGCUUUAAAUGUUAGUUAAUUUACCUCAUUUUCCUGUGUUGCAAAUAAAAUGUUUUAAGUUUCGUGA